UUGAGAAAGUGAAUGAUCGAGCAUGCGCAGUUGAGGUUUGUGACAUAUUGCAAGGAAGCAGAGAACAAGAGAGGCAGGCGAGGGAGAUGUUUUAAAUUUACUUGGAAAAACUAGGAAAAGGUGAGAUUCACUUGGAUCAAAGUAGUUUUAGCUACUGCUAAUACAGUGUUCUGGGUGGUGUUGGGAACACAGUGGGGGCAUCAUGAACUCCGAGACACAGGAAUCUGGAGGGGGCUCUGACCURGAGUCUGACUUCAACUGGGAUGAAUAUCUGGAGGAGAAUGGAGUAUUGGCGGUUCCACAUCACGCCUUCAAACAUGUGGACCGUAGCCUGCAGACAGGGCUGGCCCCAGGGAUGAUGCUGGAGGUGUCUGUGCGUUCGGAGCCUGACCAACCCUACUGGGUGGCUACCAUCAUCACUGCCUGUGGCCAACUGCUGCUGCUGCGCUAUGAGGGUUACCACGACGACCGACGAGCAGACUUCUGGUCUGACAUCAUGACCUCUGACCUCCACCCUCUGGGGUGGGGUAGGCAGCAGGGGCGACCAAUGAGACCACCCGAUGGUGUUUGUGAGAAACAUGGUGACUGGGAGGCUGUCCUAGAGGAGGCUCUGGCUCAGGGAGGGAGUGCACCAGCACACCUACUGCAGGGGGCUCAGACAGGGGGAGACCCAGCAGACCUGUUUCCCAUGGGGUGGUGUGUGGAGCUGCAGGACAGUGUGGACCCAGGGGUGGCCUGGGGGGCGCAGGUGGAGGACAACAUAGGGGGCCGUCUGUGUCUGCGCUACGCUGGGACAGAGGGGCUCACCCAGUCACUGGCCAGGCGAUGGCUAUUCUACCUGGACCCCCUCCUGCACCCACCUGGCUGGGCUGAGGAGAACAGCUGCUCUCUCACCCCACCUGCUGUGCUUCGUGGUUUGCGCAGUGAAGCAGAGUGGGAGGAGGUGAGAAAGACCAUCAGACAGCCUAAAGAAGAAUCCUUCAAUCAAGACUUCUUUAAGGACAGGCCAGUCCUCUCUCCUCACUGCUUCUCUGAGGGGAUGAAGUUGGAGGCGGUGAACCCCGCUGCCCCCUUCAACAUCAGCCCAGCUACUGUCACCAAGGUGUUGAGCGAACAGUACUUCCUGGUGCAGAUGGACAGCCUACAGGGAGACAGUGAGGGGGCGGGGCCUGGCUCAUCCUUCCUCUGUCACCAUGGAAGCACUGAAAUCUUCCCUGUCCAGUGGAGCCUUAAAAAUGGGGUACCCCUCAGUCCCCCUCCAGGUUACCAGGGUCAGGACUUUGACUGGGCGUAUUACCUGAAACAGUGUGGCGCAGAGGGAGCGCCAGAGAGCUGUUUUCCUGUGGAGCAGAGUGAUCAUGACUUUGUUGAGUUCAUGAGGCUGGAGGCGGUGAAUCCCAUCGCUCCUAAAUACAUCCACAUGGCAACUGUAACCAGGGUCAGAGGUCAGCACAUCUGGCUGGGUCUAGAAGGGUUGAAGCAGACUCUGCCUGACAUCAUCACGCAUGUGGACUCUCUGGACAUCUUUCCAGUCAGCUGGUGUGGGAGUAACGGCUACCCCCUCCAACACCCCUCCAACGCUACAGCUCCGAGGAAGAGCUGUGUGGCCGUGGUGCAACCAGAGAAGCAAUCUCAACUUAAAGCCACGCCCCAUGCAGCGAGGCAGCAGGAUCUGAGCCAAUCAGAGAGCGCUCAGGGGAACGGAAAGUACAGCUGCCCAAAGAUCUUCUUCAACCACCUCUGUUUCUCUGGCCCCUACCUGAACAAGGGCCGCAUCGCAGAGCUGCCCCAGAGCAUAGGCCCCGGCAACUGUGUCCUGGUGCUGAAAGAGGUGUUGACGCUGCUGAUCAGCUCGGCCUACAAGCCCAGCCGGGUGCUGAGGGAGCUGCAGCAGGACCCAGAGCUGAGGCGGCACGGCCAGGGAGAGACUCUCAAGGCCAAGUACAAAGGGAAGAGUUACCGGGCCACUGUGGGGAUUUCCCGUACGGCUGACCAGGUGGCUGAGUUCUGUAGGAAGACAUGUGUAAGGCUGGAAUGCUGCCCCAACCUGAUCACACCUCACAUGGUGCGGGAACACUGCUCAGAGAACUGUUCCCUGCUCACCAAGACUAAAUACACUCAUUACUACGGUAAGAAGAAGACCAAGCGCAUUGGCCGUCCCCCUGGCGGUCACACUAACCUGGAUAUCAGCACCAAAGAGGGGAGCAGGAGGAAGAAGAGGAAGCCCCUGUCUGUCUGCAAAAAACACCUGUUUACCUCUGUGGACAGCACCCCUGCUUGCUCCCCACUGGGUAGUGGAGAGGAGGAGGACCUGGAUGAGGACUACUCUCUGAGUGAGUCGGGCUCAGAGCAGCAGGGUGACUCUGAGGUGUUAGAGAGGAAGUCCCAGCCCGCCUCUCCCCGUCCCACCCCUACAGAACCUCGCCCUCGGGAAGGACCCCGCCGCCAGCGCAGGAAAAMCCCCCAAUUAACCUCCUACUCAGAUGAUGAGAACCAGCCCCCCUCACCUACGAGUGGGCGGGUGGAGGUGCAGGAGAAGCUGCAUCUGGACAGCAGUCCACUGGGCUGGAGCAUCACUGAUGUGACCCGAUUCAUCAGAACUACUGACUGUGCCCCGCUGGCACGCAUAUUCAGGGACCAAGAGAUAGAUGGCCAGGCCCUGCUGUUGCUGAGCCUGCCCACAGUACAGGAGUGUAUGGGGCUGAAGCUGGGCCCUGCCAUCAAACUGUGUCACCUUAUAGAGAGGGUCAAACUGGCCUUUUACCAGCACUUUGCCAGCUGAUGAGUGUGUGUGUCUAUGCAUGCAUUAUGUACACUGUUGUUUUCAAUGAUGCGUAUAAACCCUGGAUGACUGAUAGGGGGCGUUGUAUUGAAGCCACCCCACAGCGAUCUCUGUACAUCUCCAUUGUAAAAAAGAUGUUGAAAGCUAUAGAAUCGUAGAAUGUGGCCAAUACAUAGCAUCAGCAAUCCAGGGCUUAUAUACAUCAUUGGUUGUUAUGUAUAUUAUAUGCUGCUCCAGGAUGAACACAGUUUAUAGCCUAAACUGUUCACCCCUGGAAUAUGUGACUGAAUUCUGUAUCUUUCAGGGAUUUCAUGUUUGUUUACCAUUUGUUUGUACACAGUGGAGGGGAAUUGAAAAGCACAAGAUAAUUGUACAAAGUCAUGAUGGAAUUAUUUUCCAUCCAUUCAUCACUUAAGACUUUGGUUGAAAUGAAAACCCAAGGUAAAGCAUAUAAACAAAAUAGAUCUGGAUACCUGUUUAGGUACUAGUUUACCUCUUAUUAAUGCAAAGCCCCCUCAUUGUGAAACACUAGACAUGUUGAAUCUGUAUAAUGUGAAUAACCGCACCUUAUGUGGGGAGACAUAUUUGCACUACCAUCACCAGGUUUUUACAUCGGUCUACAAGGUUAGGGUAAUCGAUUUCACUGACUUCACAGACUUUUGGGGAUGGUUUCCCACACAGAUUAAGCCUGGUCCUAGACUAAAAAGCAUCUUCAGUGGAGAUUCUCCAUUGAAAAUGGUUCUUAGUCCAGGAAUAGUCUUAAUCUCUGUCUGUGAAAUGCAAUGAAUCUUAAAUGCAUCCUAUUAGAUUCUCAACGGGUUAGGCUGUUCUUGAUCUUUUUGUCUUUAUGAUGACUAUGAUCACUUUAGUUGUGUGUACUAUAGUAAGUCAGUCACUAGUUGUGUGUACUAUAGUAAGUCAGUCACUAGUUGUGUGUACUAUAGUAAGUCAGUCACUAGUUAUGGGUGUUCAUGGGGUGGUCGACAGGGUUAUAAGAUGGUCCUGACAAUUAUGGACGUCUCCGAUCAAAAAGUAUUUUAUUAUUGAGGACCUGUUUGGCCUCAUUUUACCUCUUGUAUAUUGCAGCUUGAUCAAAGUAUAAACUGAACCAUUUUUUAAGUAUUUGUAAAGAUUGAAUGUCAACUAUGGUAAAAGCGUUUUGCUGAUUGCUUUGAGUAAAACAUUUAUUGAUUUAUAUAUAAAAAAUUACAGUAAGUGACUUAAAAGAAUUAUGUAGGACAAUACUCAUGCUAUCUCUAAAGAAUGAACUGUACUCAAGGCAGAACUGUGCCAUGUUUGAGACAUUCCCUGUUAUUUAUGCUCAUUAUCACCUUCCAUAUCAGCUUGUCGUUUCAUUCAGGGCUUUCAUUGAAAGUCUUCAUGUUUCUAUUCCCGUUCACUUUAUCGAUUACUUGAUUUUACAUUCCUGUUGCUCACGUUGAAAAUAAGUUCUGGUAGAUAAGUCAACUAAAGGGGUUUCUCAUGAAACAAUCUAAAAUGUAAAUGGUUUGUGGAUGUUUCCAAUGUGAAUAUGUUAACAGAAUGAUUUUUAUUGCUUUUAAAAGUAAUAAACUGCAAUUCUAUCAUCUUA